AUGUUCCGCGCCACGAUCCCAGCCGCCUUCCUGGAGGAGAUCAUCGUGCGCUGGCUGGAGAUUUCCCUCCCACCCGAGUGCAAGAAGGCGAGCCCACCAGUGGCAGACUCCUUCCCCACGCAGCUGGACACUGGCGGGCCUCUGGAUCUGAUGGAAGGGACUGGCACGAUCUACACGAAAAGCUUAAAGUCAAAACAGAAAAGAGAAGCAACGCAGGCCGGGGAUUUGACAAGCGAGAACAGCGCAGACGAGAAACUCUUGUCGAGGGAGAAGCGGUUCCUCAACGGCAUGACGCUCGGGGGCCCGCCCACGGGCGGCCCCAAGAAGGAGGUCAGCGAAUCCGCACAGAUGAUGAACAUGAUGAUGAUGUUGGCGAAGUUUCAGUCAUCACAAGCUCACAGGACCUAUCGCAAGCCCCCGCAAGAUUCCUCCAUCUAUGGAGAGAGGGUGAGCUUCGGCUCGGGUAUGUACGGGGACCAAUACGCCGGUUACAGGGGGAAACGAGAAGCCGUCGGGCCUGCAGCUGAGGGCGGGGCUAACGAGGUGACGUCAGAUGGGGCAGCGCUUUCGAGAAAGAAGAGAUUCCUUUACGGCGCAGGAGCGGAGCCAGGUGAAGGGCCGGCAGUCAAUCCCAUGAAUCAGUUCAUGGGGAUUAUGAUGGGAACUGCGAGGGAUCCUAACGGGAAGAAGAUUGAGUUUGGAGGAGACUACAUGAAGAGGAUGAUGAGAAGCAGCUUUAUGGCGUCCACUGGGGUUCAAACCCCACCCGGCAAGGAACCAAGUGACUUUGUAAAGAAUAUGGCGCCCAUGUGGUAAGUAUAAUAAGUGUCAUUGUUUUGUUCUCAUUGCUAGGUCAACCAGUGUUUGUUUUGUUCUCAUUGCUAGGUCAACCAGUGUUUGUUUUGUUCUCAUUGCU